AUGCUUGAGGCAUUCGUCGGGUUGGUGAGUUGUCAGCUGUCAUUUCUUGUUCCAGGCUUCGAUCUCGAGGACCCACAGGGAUCUGGCCCAAUCUCUACAAAUUAUCUUGUGGCUUCGGCUCCCUUUCCGUACAGAUGGCUCAAGUGUUCCGAUCGCGGAACCCCCCGCUCAAUCGUCGUCUACAGUAGCGGUUCCAAGGGUCAGAAUAUUUUGAUCUGA